CAUAAUGAAUUGUGCGGGAAGAUCCUGUCCACCAUUGUCAACCUGGAGGUAUAUAAGUGGGUAGAGUUUUCAAGAGUUGUCAAGUAUAGAAAAACGUCUUUCAAUUUCUGACAAAUUUGUCAAACCAAAACCAAACAUCUCUGCUUGAAGCGUUUAGUGUUCUUUGGGGAUGUUGUUCACUAAGUGCGUUAAUUUCAAGGAAAAGAGAUGCAGUGUUUUCAUUGUAGGAAUGUGAAAGAGGUAUCAUUUUAUACAGGAGUUAUAUUAUAUGAUCGGUUUCCUUUUCUGUUAAAAUGAUAUACAAAAAAAACAUGUAGGAGUUUAAUCGGACCUUGCGUUGAGCCUCUGCAUAUAAAUCCCGUCGGGAUUGUCCUCCAAAAUCACUACAGCUCGUUGCUGUCGCAGCUCCGGUAGACCCACGCCAUGGUUGGGCCAGUUUUCAUUUUCAGAUAAUAUUCCAAUACAAAAGCUCCCUCUAAACAGUUCUAUCCCCCAUUUGAUGAUACAUUGUUAUUAGAAAUUGUACUCUCACUUCAGUCGCUAAUUAGGUCUUUUUUUUUUACCUUUCAUCAGUGCGAACAGGUUCAAAGGUCAUUUUCCAAAAACCAGCACAAGACUUGGUUCUCCUUGAGGACCGCCUUCGGUUAAACAGUACAAGUAAAACAUUCUUCCUGAAAGCAGAUUUGCCAAACCGUGCGCGUUUGUAUCGAAACUCGAGCUUUUAUGUAGACGUGGAAAUUGAGCAAGUUAACUUGGUUCCAAAAUAUAGCGAUUAUGAUGCGUGGCGGUCAAACGGCGAAAAUCUUGAAUUUGCUAGUUUGCCUGGCUUUCCAGAGGUGUUUAGUCAGCACUGUCGGUACCCAGCCCCAAACCACUACACCAUUAAACAUGACUUAAAACGUGAUCGGCAGACGAAAGUGUACCCAGCCAAGUGUUUUCAGCACUCAAGACAACUUUGCCCAACUGGCGUAACACCAGGCGAAAUGUACCACUAUAGAUCUUUGAACGACGCUUGCGACACGGAAGAGACGUCCGUCAUCUGCUCUAAGCCUGACCAGACUGACUGCAUCCUCAAAGAAGACUCAAGCAAACUUUAUUGCACAAACUACACAAAUAUUGUGACUGACGCAUUUGGUAUAAAGGAAGGUGCCUUCUUUGAUAGCCCGUUACAGUCCUUUCCAACUCCAUUUUGCGCAGAGGCGUAUCAAAUUUGCAGAAUAUGCAGAGAUAAUUGUCCCCGUUGUGAUCAAUCUGAUAGCAAGGCAUAUAGUUCAUGUUCCUGCUGUUAUAAAGACUGUUUGGACCUCUGCUCUUAUUUCUACAGUGAGCCAAACUGUACACAAAUACCAAAGAGGUGCGCCAAAGGGGACACCAGCCAGUUUACUUUGGUAAUGAACAAACCAAGCAACUUGAACCUGCAGUUCAACUGCUAUCUUGAAUAUAAGGUUCCCAAGACAUUGUAUACACUGAGGUACAAAGUAAAGCACCAUAGUGGACGUUUCAGCUCGGACUGGAUCUCCAGAACUUUAAAGACUCCGACAGCAGGUGAUCAUCCAUAUUCGAUGAUACAACGAGGAACAAAUCGCGUAGACUCUUUAGAAGUAUCCCACUCUGCAAAUUUCGAUAUUUCCUCUCUGCUGUAUCUUCGAGGCCAGAGAUCAUCUGAAAAGGGGCCGUAUAAGUACAGUGUAUCAAACCUUGAGGACGCAAACUCAACAUUAGGAAAUGCCAACUCGAAUAACACAAUUGAGGUGCAAACAAAGACACCAUUUUCAAUAACCACCAGAUCUUGGAGCGACAGUGUUAACUGUCAGAGACUUUCUGAUUGGUCAAGCAGCAUUCGGAAACCCUUUCUUGAUCUAAGGCCUGUGAAUGUAGAACAUCUUGGCGUUCAAUCAGGAGGCGAGUUUGCAUAUCACGUACAAGAUUCCCAGCGCACACCUACGAUUACUAUAAGCAUUUCCGAAGAAGAAUCGAUCUUGAAGUAUGUCUUGACAAAUGCGAGCAUACGCAAUGACGAGACAUUUAAAAGCAGUUUGUCACGAACCAGCACUUCUUGGAAUAUCAAGGUAAAUGGAUUAUUGACGAGCUGUCCUGCUUUCUUCACUCUUGAAGUCAUCGAUGAAGUUGACAGUGUUCUAGUCCUUGAGCAGGAUGUGGUGAUUCUUUGCCCCGAAACCAGUUUUGACUUGGAUAUUCAUGUUCCAAGAAAGGGAUUGCAGGACAAGGAGAGGUUAUUUAGUGUGCGUUUAUCUAAUGCUAAACAGAAACUGCAACUUCAGAUGGCUGUCGUCGACAAAGGCGGAAGGAAAUUGAAGGAACCAGAAAAGAAAAGCCAAGACGAUAGACCUAAUCCAUGGGUAACUCUGAUGCCACUCUUUGUAGUCACAGGCUGUGUGCUACUAGUUUUGUUCGCGUUAAUAGUAUAUGCACAAGUUACCCACAAACCCAAUGAUGCUCCAAAAGAUGGCCCUUUUGGGUGGAAAUAUGUCAAGAACAAGGAAGUAACAACAAACAAAGAUGGAGAUAGGAAAAAGAAGGGGACACCCAAAGAUCAAAACAGACUCAAACGAAGGCACCUUAUCCUAGUCAUUUUUUUCGUCGUUGCAAGAGUUGUCUACUGUGUGACCUUUACGUUCUCAAUGGCGUUUGCAAUUCUGACCCUUCUUCACGCUGAUAACAUGAAAAUUAUCCAGGAAUACCAAGACUUUGUACAAAGCAAAAUUGACGAAAGCAACGCCAUGGCUUUAGGAAUGGAUCAGCAUCGUGAAAGUGAAAACAAGCGUGUUCUGGACUCUAGCGAAGACAUUCAAAGGUCUUGUGAUUACUUCAUGGGACAACAGCUACAGUGGAUGAGGCUCAACAUGACUUGCUUAAUCCAGGAAAAUCAUUUGAAAAUGUUUAAUAAGCUGAGCAAAAAAAUUAUCACCAAAGUAACCGAGAAAGUAGAGAAAUUAAAGAAAGACAUUGACGAGCGAAUAAAAGAAUUCCGAGCGGCCACUACACGAAACUUGCAGGAAACCGAAGAUGGCUUGAAAAACUAUGGAAAGAGAGUGUUUGACAAUGGGUGGUUUGCUCUACCAAGAGCUGCUUAUGAAAUAAACGAAGCAGCAUCACGGAAAAAGAGAGAGAUCUCUGCGAGUGACAGGUAUCUACGAAAUCAUGAUCGCCACGAGGACCAGGCAGCAAUGAAGCUCACAUGGGAAAGCCAAAGUGAGUUUGCUACUAGAAGAAAACGAAGCUUCUCCGACAAUUCCUUCAUUGGCUUUCUUGACUUUGUUGGCGCUCUCGAUAAAGACAAACUUGACGAAGCAAGGAAUAACAUUGUUUCUAAGCUUCAAUAUGCAAAAAAUGGCUUGGCGGAUUUUAGUGAGGUUCUCAGAACCGGAAGGUCGCCUGAACAUCCUUUGAGCACGAUACUUAUGUGUCCAUUGAGGUACAUGAUUAAGUCUGCAAAGGAACAAGUGAAAUCUGGGAUCCGAAAGUUGCAAGAAGUGUCCAUAGAGUGGGAAGCAGCUAACGCCAAUUGCUUUGUGGGGAAUAUCAGUGAUUUCUUUGCUUCCAAUAACUCUCAAUUAGACUCCGUCGACAACAAAACAGAUUCCGAAAUCUUCUCUGAGCGCGUUGUCUACGAAGAUAAUGAUGACUUAGAUGGAAUUUCAAACAUUUCUAAUGCCAACAGGUCUUCCAUUAUCGAGUCCGCUCACGGUGGAUCGUACUAUAACAUUGAAAAAGGAGAUAUUACGGAAGAAACGGUCGAUGACCAGAAGGAGCAAUUACUCGAAAGGGAAGGACAGACUAAAAAUCUCAGCAGCGUGUACGAUGCCGAAGUGUUCAUUGUCACCAAGAAAGCCAUUUUGGGCGUAUUGGUUGUCAUGGAUAUCCUGCUUUUGAUAUAUCGAGGAUCGAAGACUUACCAAAUCGCUUUCAAAUUAAUCCAAGGGUUCGAAGAGACUGUGAAUCACGAUGAAGACGAGUUUGAAAAGAAACCACCAACUGUAAAGGAAAAAGCUGCUAAACUUGUCCGAAGGAUCUUAGAUUUUCUUGCCGAGAAGUUCUCGAAAUUCAUCGCUUUUUGCAAGAGCCUUCACAAGCGGAUCAUGCGUACAAAUCUUCUGCCAAUGUGCAUUACAAUUGCUGCCUCUGCUGCUAUUCUCUAUCUAGUGAUUGCUUUAGUUUACAAUGUCAUGAACGUGACCGUUAUUGAAGAACUGGGAGGCUACGAAAUGAUCUCGUUUCGCCUUGACACCGACUACCACUUUACCAACCUCGCUAUCGAUGACCAGGUCGAUUUUAUCAACAACAAUGCAAUGCAGCAGUACAAGGAAUCGGUCAAUGAUACCAUAUCUGAAAACAGGAGAAUGAUCCAGGACUUCAACAGAGAACAGCAAGAGCGUAUGGAACGACUAAACCAACAACUCUGCUCUCUAGAGAAGGACACAAAUAAAUGCUUCUGGGAAGAGGCGUCGCUCUUGGAAUUUAAUCAACCCUCUUGUAUCAUUCCAAAGUUGGAAGGAAGGCACUACGAAGGUUAUGACGGUGAAGCGUACCGUCAACGACUCAAGCGUGAAUCCAAACGGUUUGUCGAUGCAGUUCGCAACAUGCUCUUGGAGACAAUUUAUUUUGUUCUGGCGGUGGUAUUGUCGGUGGUAAUAAUUUCAGUUUUGAGUUACGUUGUGUUUCUCUUCCUUAAGUCAAGAGGAAUGGUUCGCGUCAAGAAGAUACACGUAUACAAGACACUACCUCCAGAAGUUAUGGAACAGUUUCAUUUGAAAUCUCCGGAAUUUGAUGACGAGCAAGAUGGCGGCAGCACGGCUAAGAAAGACAACGGAGCUAAGAAAUUGAAAAUUCCUAAUAUUUUCGUCACGGAGUCUAAAGAAAAUGUGAACACGUCAUAAGAGAAUCAAGUUAAACAGACUUCGUACAGGAACAAUGCACUGGGUAAUUAUACAGUAGAGGGAAGUUCGUUUGUCGCUUUUAUGAUAUAAAUACUGCCUUUUUUUUUUAGAUUGAACUACUUUGAAAGUUUCAUGACAACCCACGGCCUGUAGUUACCUGUUCUAGAAGUAUGGAUCAAAAUAAGCCGAAACUUAAGAAAGAAGCAGUUAAGAAGGUAUUAAAUAGAAAGCGAUCACAGUCAGAUGCUGCUUUUAAAUUACACUAAGUUGGCUUAGUAUCAAGAGACCCCCACUUUCUUCUAAUCAAUUUCUGAAGCAUAUUAAUCAAUCUUGGCGGAAGAGUAAAACCACUUCGUUAGCCGUUUAUUGUAAAAAGACGGGAAAAGAGAUAGAGGAGGCAGAUGAAAGUGGAGCGGGGUGGGAGAAGGGAAAUAAGUAACCUUAAUUUCCAACUCACUCCCCUAACUCGAGUUGGGGUUCAGGAACAAGAAUGUAUCGAUAGCAACGAAUCGUGGAUACUGUAAAAACGUCUCCCGUCGAGGUUUCUAUGUGUCCUCGACAGAGAAAGUGUAACUUUUCUAAUCGAGGGUACUUAAGCCUACUCUUUUUGUUUAAUUAUUUCACAGCGUUUGCAUAAAAUGCAGUACUGAGGAGGUCGAACACUGUAAUAUUCAAACCAACUAUCACAAUUUAAGAAAGCCUUCAUAAAGCAGUUUAGAAUAACAACCUUUCUGGGGUUGGUACUUUGUAAUGAAAAAAACGUUUUUGUUUGUAAAAUGACCUAUUCGUGUACAUACUUGUUUUGUAUAGAUUCUUCUGUAUAUUUUAUAUAUAGCCAAUGAACUUUUUACCAUUGCACAACCAAGUGUAAACUGUAGAUACCAUUAAUUAAGCAUCUUGUAGGGAUCGCCGGAAUACAAAUUUUGCCCUUUUUUCUCGGAUGCAAAUGCUCCCUAGACAUGGGUUUCCCAAGGUUUGCUAAAUAAGAAUCCCAAGUUUAGAUCCUAUGUAACUUAAGAUAAAUAAACGUAACUGAAAUAUACCAGUGAUAUCAUGUUUUAUUAUAUAGCUCUGUCUCACAAGGA